AUGUCCUCCAAAAAAGUUGAUUUAAGUGGUAAGGUGUGUCUUGUGACAGGUGCCAGCAGAGGGAUCGGCAAAGGAAUCGCACUGCAGUUGGCAAAGGCCGGGGCAAUCGUUUAUAUUACCGGAAGAACAUUGGACAAGAAAUCAAGCAAAGAUGUCGGUUCUUUGAGGGAUACUGCUAAAGAAGUUGAGGCCCAAGCAGGCAGAUGCAUACCUGUACAGUGUGACCAUUCGAAAGAUUCGGACAUAAAAAAUUUGUUUGAUCGCAUCGAGAAAGAACAAAAUGGGCAGUUGGAUGUCCUCGUUAAUAAUGCUUAUUCGGCUGUAAAUGUCUUAGCUGAAAAUCGGGGCAAGGCCUUCUGGGAGCAGCCAAUAGGAGUUUGGGACGACGUAAAUAAUGUGGGACUCAGAAACCAUUACAUCUGCACUGUGUACGCAGCGAAAAUGAUGGUGCCUCGUAAAAAAGGCCUGAUUGUGAAUAUUUCCUCUGGCGGGGGGCUCAGGUACGUCUUUAAUGUGGCCUAUGGGAUUGGAAAGGAAGCUUGUGAUAGAAUGGCUGUUGACUGUGGGAUAGAGUUGAGAGAACAUAACGUCUGCUGCGUUAGUUUAUGGCCUGGGGCUGUCAAAACUGAACUCGUGGACAAAAUGUUGACAGAGGCCAAGGAGCACAAGGAACAGGAUGUUGUUUUCAAGAAAAUGGAGUCCAUGUUUACAAGAGGCCCAGAAAGCACUCAAUUUGCCGGAUUGGCCAUCAGUCACUUAGCAGCUGACAAAAAUAUGAUGAAUAAAACGGCGAAAGUCUUGAUAACUACUGAUCUAGCAAACGAAUAUGGGUUCACUGAUAUCGAUGGGGGAAUGCCGGCAAAUUUCCGGUCACUAUCCUACCUCUUGAGCCACCAAGGGUACUGGAUAGCGGAUUACAUCCCAUCCUUCAUCAAAGUCCCAUACUGGAUCCUUGCUCUUGGCGGGAAUAAAUUCUGA